AGAUGGUAGCAGAACGGUUGAUGGAAGACUACAACCGAGCCUUGGCGCAUAUCAUGGUGGACUUUGAUCUCUUCAAUGAGACUGAGAUCAUGUCGGAGUCAGUGGUCAAGUUCAGUCGAAAGGUCACCCGCAGCUCCAAAACACGGGAUGGCGAUGCGCAGAAGCGGCUAAAUAAGGUGGUCAAGGACCUUCGGGAGAGCUUCAUGGCCGACUUUGAGGAAAGUGUCAAGGACAACUGGGAGACCCCCGUCACAGGCGAUGUCAUCUACGACACCGUGACCAUGCAGAAGGCCAGUGCUUGGUAUGAGGUGGCCUACACCCAGUCGCCAAAGAACAACAAACGACCCCUCCUGAGCUUCGCCUGGAUUCCCUACAAAGUUCUGUGCGCCAUAAAGAUACACGCCACUCCAGAGCCACCACCCGCCUACUAACACCAGACACGCGGUGGUGUGCUACUGAUCUAUGUAGAUCACAGGUAGUGGACAUGUGAGGUGGAUAGUAGUGUGCGAGUUAUUUAUGGAGAUGGGAGGUGCAGAGUGCCUAGAUCGUCUAUCUAGUCGUACACUAUGGCAGUGGUUUAUAGUCAGUUGACAAAGGUGGAGUGUGUACAUGUGGGGCACACAGGAGCGGAAGGUGGUCUGUGGGGAAAGCUAAGUGUAUGGGGACGUAGUGCGGAGCAGGCGUACCGUAGGCACUAUCUGACCAUUCUGCGGGAGAGUGGGUAGUACAUUGCACCUAACCACUUCAUGGGGGGGGGGGGUGCUAACCACUUUAUAAGGGUUACUUGAGGUACCUAUUCAAUUCAUUAUGAGUACUUAACCACUUCAUUGGGGACAUCUUAGGGGGUACCUAUUCACUUCCAUUGGGGGCACUUAACCACUUUUGGGGGUGCCUAUUCACUUCAUUAGGGGUGCUUAACCACUUUAUUGGGGUUUCCUUCAUCCAUACUUAACCCCUUGAUUGGUGUUUUGCGUGGAUAGAUCAUGUGCACAAGAAUCGGCUACAGGUGACCAUAGCAGCGGGUACAAGUAUCUGAGGUACUGCGCUCGGUAGUCCUUACCUACCAACACUAGCACCACUUUGCUAGACCGCAGUCCCGGUACCACCCACUCCACUCCACUCCACCGGGAUUGUGUGCAUCUGGGGUAGACGACUACAAGCACGUUCGUGUAUGGGGGAGUAUGUAUCAGAGACGGAGGACUAUGCAGCGAUAGCUCUGCUCAGCAAUCGUAGUUGACUGAGAUCGAAGACCACCAGAGCGACCCUCGUGCGCAGAAGGUGCUCAACAGGUCACACGCGAUGUGUGUGGAGUCACCCAUCAGCGCUGCAACGUGUUCACAGUAGCGUUGUUCAACCAGGUCCAAGAUGGUCACUUCUUUAGGAUAUGCUAGCGUCCAUGCGACUACAAUAAAUUGUAUAUAUGCUAAGGGUGAGCGCUACGAUUGUCAAUAAAUAUACACACGUG